AUGAAUCUAAAGCUCCUCUUCUUGUGCCUCUUCUUAGCGGUGCUCAUAAUACCUGCUGAUAUGAAACAUAAAAAACACAAAAAACAUGACCGUCACAGGCAUCAUAGACCUGACCACCACCAUGGUAAAAAGCGUGAAAGGUAUCGGGAUAUUAUUGCAGAUGUUGUUUUUCAGGUCCUAGAUGGCCUAACAGAUGAUGAUGAUGACGAUGAUGAUGAACCUAAUACAGACUGGAUUUUUGAAAUUCAAGAGCCAGAUGGCCGAUGCAAUCCAAACCCUUGUCUCAACAAUGGAGUAUGUGAAGAAAAGGGCAAGAAAAACUUCAAAUGUGACUGCCCCAAACCUUUUAAGGGCAGAAAGUGCGAGAAAGGUCCCAAAGCUUGUCGGAGGGGACGAUGUGGGCGUGGUGAGUGUGUGCUGACCUCUACUCCCCCUUUCUAUGAGUGCAAAUGCAAGGAGCCCUUCCAGCCUCCACGCUGCAGAACCGUUGCACUGUGUGAACCUAAUCCAUGUAAGAAUGGUGGAAGAUGCGUCAGGGAUGACAUGGACUUUGACUGCGAGUGCACUCCAGGGUACAGCGGGCGUUUCUGCCAUGUUGGCCCAGAUGAUUGUUACGAAGAUAACGGCGAAUCAUAUCGUGGCAAUGUAAGUGAGACAGAUGACGGCAAGGAAUGCCUCUACUGGAACUCUCACUUCAUUCUGGAGAAAGGUGUUAAUCCCUUCAGCUCCUUUGAGGACGAAGAUGGACUGGGCCCUCAUAACUUCUGCAGAAACCCGGACGGAGACAUGAUGCCGUGGUGUUUCUUCAGAAGAGGUCGCAAGCUGCUAUGGGACUACUGUGAUGUGACAGAGUGUCCCGAGCCCACAGAUGUAGCACCCACUGAAGAAGUCUCUGCUGGUCCUCAGCCCACUGCUCCAAAACCCACCGAAUCAGAAACCCAUACUGCAGCAGCCACCAAGCAACCACCUACCAAACCCCCCACACCUGAGAAACCAAGCGAGGCUCCAUCUACUUCUGCUAAACCCACUGCAGCUCAGCCAACCUCCAAUGCCACUGCUGCACUGGAGCAGUUCUCAACCUGUGGGAAACCUCAGCCUAAGAAGCCCAUUACUCGAAUCUAUGGGGGUCUGAAGGCGAUUCCCGGAGCUCAGCCUUGGCAGGUGUCCCUGCAAGUGAGACCCAAGGGCUCCAACCAGCUCUACAGACACAUAUGUGGAGGGGUUCUCAUCAAAAGCUGCUGGGUACUGACAGCUGGCCAUUGUGUUGAUGGUAACAAGGACAUGCAAGUGGUUUUGGGAGGUUUGACUCUUAAUUCAGAGGAGCCCACAGAGCAGACCUUACAAGUGGAGGAGGCCAUUAAGCAUGAGGACUACAGAGAGACUCCCUCAGCUGUUUACAACGACAUAGCUUUGUUGCGGCUGAAGGGCAGCAACGGCGUUUGUGCCCAUGAGACCCAGUUUGUGAAGACGGCCUGUCUGCCUGAUGCCCCGCUGAAUGACGGGACAGAGUGCACCAUUUCUGGAUGGGGUGCCACUGAGAACUCUAGCUAUGGUUCCAAUCACCUGCUGGAUGCCAAGGUGAUGCUGAUCAGCCAGGAAAAAUGCUCUGAAGCAAAGAUUUACGGCAGCGUCCUGGAUGACACUAUGUUCUGUGCUGGCUACUUGCAGGGAGGAGUGGAUUCCUGCCAGGGUGACUCUGGAGGGCCGCUGACGUGUGAUCAGAACAGCACCCAUGUCAUUUAUGGUCUGGUGAGCUGGGGCGACCAAUGUGGCAGGAAGAACAAGCCGGGCGUUUACACACGGGUCACUCACUUCCUGGACUGGAUCAAAUCAAAGACAGAAACAGCUGCUGCUUAAACAGCCUUGGUUACCAAACAACAGUCGGUGUAAAAGGGCUCAUUUCUGAAAAGAGUGUGUUGUUUUCAUCAUGAUUUCUUUUUUUUGUGUGUGUGUUUU